GUGAAGUCGAGUGUCAAAAGAGAUUGUCUGUCACUGUCAAACCGGUUGUCAAUCUCCUCUGAAGUCAGGCGGCGCAGAACCAAGCGAAAAUGUCCUUAAUUCGAAACAUUCAGAGACAAAUAUUGCCUUUUGUGCGGCCCGGAAUAGUACGAAGCCUUUCUACGACACCUUCGUGCAACAUUAAGGAAAUUCAAGUUGGACAGGAGAAUAACGCGAUCGUCAUCAAAGCAGUCUCCAUGGAAUCUCCAAGGUCUGCAAAAUUAAUGAAAGAUGUUUGUCAACCGAAUUUUUGUCCAGAGUGCACACUAGGAUUGAAUAUCAAGCACACCGACGUCCUCGUACUCAGUCAGUUCGUCCGGUCUGAUGGCUGCAUGCUCCCUCGCCGGAUCACGGGCCUUUGCAAAAGACAACAGAAGCGAAUAGGGACAAUGGUCUCUAUGGCACAGAAAGCUGGCCUCAUGCCAAAUCUAACCCCAGAGAACAGCAAGAAGGACCCAAAGAAGCGACGGGAGUGGAAGAAGUUCAACAAAUAUUUCGAUGAGAAUACCAUUAAGUGUAAGAAUUGUUAGGCCAAACAUUUAAUGUAAACAGUUUUAUUGAAUAAAGUAACUAAUUGAAGACAAA